UUGUUUUAUAUUACAAUGAAAUACAUGUAUUUAAUAUAGAAUGACAAUAAGUAAUGGAAUUUCUAAAUUUUACUAGAAUGUUUAGAGUUUUAUUAUAUUCUGCUUGCAUUAUAGUGUAAUGGUCUAAUCAUAUUUUAAUUAUCUCUUUAAGCAUAAGCAUAAAUGCAUUCUACCAUCAACACUACUUGUAUAAUUGUUUAGUAUAUUCCACUUGUACUGACAUUGUUUAAAUUUAUAAGUUCGUAGCUCGCACAUAUUCAGUGAUGGCACCAGGUGGGAGAUCACGUCAUUCACGCACUGGAUCUACCCCUUCCACCAGUGAUGUAACGGAGACAACAUCGCCGUCACAUGUUGCAUCACAGGCAUCUGAUCCCUCAGUCGCGCAUACACCGGACAUUGCGUCAUCGUCGACCAGCCGACGAGGACAUGGACCCACGCGUGGGUUAGUUUUAGAGCGACUUACGCAUGAGGGUAGGGUGACAGUAGAGUUUCCACAGGACUGUCUUAGACCUAUUGGGGACAAUGCCAGGUUGUUUACGUCGGAGGUCGGUGUCUUAUGCCUGUCUUUGAUACCCACCACCACCCCCUGUUGGGCAGACGUGACAGAUGAUGUGCGACAGCUCAUCCGUUAGCGCCUUAUAGUAAAUUUUAGUAAAUUAAAUUUUGUUUUGUAAAAGUUCAUUUAUGGUUAAGUUAUUUUCUUAAUAAGUUUAUUGCUUUAAUCUAUUAUUUAC